CUCAGCUUAAAGAGAUCAGAGGGAAAACAACUGCAAAAAUACAAUCUCCAUAAAUAAAGAGGCAGAUUCCAAUCUAAAUUCAUCAUGAUCAACCUAGAGUUAAUCAAACAGUCUGCAUGGGGAUCUGGUGGAGCUCUACUCAACUUGUGAUAAGUGGCUGUGGUCUGGGGUCAUGAAAAGAACUGAAUGAUCUGUGUGACUGUUGCUGUUCCAACAGGUGGGUUGACUUAGCACCGUUAUUAUCACCUCAGAGCACAGUCACUGAACACUGUCCUAGAAGACUUCUCCGGUGGUGGGAGACCACUGAAGCAGAGCUCUCAGCCUCUGUGAGCAUGUCAUUCUGAUGUCACUUGAAGGUCAGUAACCAGGCCUGGAGGCCGGGAAGGGCAUGCCUCAGUGUUGGGAUCAUAGAACUGAGACUCACCCUGUUCUGCACCCUUAAGUCCCCAGAAAUACCACCUCUUACAACCGCCUGAAAUCACUUCAGCAGGCAGCGAGGCCAGCAUUCUGGACAUGAAACCUCUGAAAAUCAAGACCUACCUCAUCCCAAACAUACCCUUCCCCUGGCCGGGCCUGUCAUCUGCGCAACAAACAUCUUGACAAUGAGGCUACUGCCUGGUGCAUACCCCAACACAUUAGAAACACACACAGACAUCACUCCACCUCCUAACAAUGUGGUAUAACCUAUACAUCCACCUCAUACCAUACAACCACCAGCACUAUCCAAUAACCCCCAUUUAAGUUUGUCCCAUUAAGCCACAGCCCAAUCCUUAAUGAGUCUGACCCCAUUCCUGUGUAGCCAUUCCAUAUCAAAUACAUACGGGCAACGUGAUUUUCCAGUAUCCCCCCGUCACAAUGCAUGCACCUCUCCCAUUAUGUCUUGUUCCUGAAAUAUCAAACGACACGUUUUGUGGUUCUGACAACAGAGAGUACAUCAUUUGGGAGUGCAGACGAACAUGUGCUUGGGAAAAUGUUUACUCAGAUCAUAUCUCUCCUCCACACACCUCCACCCCUGCCUCCCCCCUGUCCCAGCCCUGGGUGAGUUAUUGCCAUAGGCAUGGUCCACAUUUUCAAACAGAGGCAGGUCCACGGACAGAUAAUGGGUCUAAUUUAACUCUGUGGCUGGUGGCCAGUGGCCAAGAGGUCAGAAGUCAGACUUCUCACAGUGUUCCACAGUCCAGUGGCACAGAGCCAUUAGUCAUAAACUUAACUUCAUGACACCUCACUACACUGCCCUCUUUGGGGAGAAAUAACUGACCCACAUUACCCUGGAGGGAUUGCAUUUACAUUUUAGUCCACAGGGACUUACAGGAGCAAAUUUGGGUUAUGUGCCUUGCUCAAUGGCACAUCAACAGAUUUUUCACCUAGUCAGCUCAGGGAUUCAAAUCAGCAACCUUUUUGAUACUGGUCUAACGCUCUUACACUCAACCAGAGUCCUAGACCUAGGUUACCACCAGAUAAAGCCCAAUUCUGGAUCACUGGAGACAUCAGGGUACAUACAGCCUGUGGUGGUGAUGAAGUAGAUACAGGUGGUGUAAUGGUCUUGCUUGGCUGUAUGUUUUUGGCUUUGUGCUGCAGCACAGAGUUAGCUCCUGGAUGGCUCUUGUAUCUAAUCCGGCAGUCGGCUAGUUCAACAUCUUUGUGUUGCUGGGUCAGAGAGGGUUGAUUAAGCCUGGCCCGAGGUGCUAAUUGUGUCACACUGAACGUUUUCUAAGUAGAAAUACGAGCAGGGUCAUAAUGCCUCAAUAAUCAUUGCUGUUUGUGUUGUAUUCUGGGCCUUACUAAACAAACCUUUGGCCUUCUGAAGUAGGCCAUCUCAUUGGGGAACAUUUCAGUGCCAAGAGGCAUUUCAAUUCACUCAGAUGGCAGGUUACUAUUUAACCUGUUUCCAAGAAGCAAGUGGAACCACCAUUAAUAAAAGUUGGGACCCAUGUUGGUUUAAACACUGUGGAAAGAUCUGGUUCACCAUCAACAAUAGAAUGUAAUAGUGAUAUCUGCUGCCCUGCAUGCCAACAUCAUUGGCAUGUUUAAGAGCAGAUGGUCUCCAACUGGUGGAUCGCCAGCUACCAGUAGCUUUGAGCCCACAUAUGAUUAGCUCGCCAAAAAAUGCUAAAAGUACAAGCAAUUUUUCAUGUUUUCCACCGCAAACUAACAUAAACAAAUCUCCCAAAGAUCAGACAACCACAAGCUCCCAGCUACUAACUAAUCAACACCAAAUUGACACUAUUCCACCCUUGGUUAGCCACUAUUGGCUUAAAAAGACAAACUUAACACAAUAUAUCUUCCAAUUAAUGUCCAGCAAUAUUGCCCCUGUCUGUCUGUGUGGCGCGCAUUUAUUUAUCACUCUGUGUGUAGCCAGACAGUUGAUGUGAUAACAGUCUUGUGGGUUGACAGAAAUGUGUAGCCAGUUGAUGUGAUAACAGUCUUGUGGGUUGACAGAAAUGUGUAGCCAGUUGAUGUGAUAACAGUCUUGUGGGUUGACAGAAAUGUGUAGCCAGUUGAUGUGAUAACAGUCUUGUGGGUUGACAGAAAUACUUUUACCAAAACCUUCUAAAUGAAAUGUUAAAUUAAGUAGGCUUACCUGGCAGAAGUAUAUCAUGAGUAAGUAUAUAAUUUGUAUAUAUUAUUUGUUAUUAGCUUACUUUGCCAUGACAUGAGAAGCAGCAGUACAGAACCAUCACUAGACCUGCACAUUGGGGCGGCAGGGUAGCCUAGUAAGCACUGGACUAGUAACCGAAAGGUUUCAAGUUCAUAUCCCCGAGCUGACAAGGUACAAAUCUGUCGUUCUGCCCCUGAACAGGCAGUUAACUCACUGUUCCUAGGCCGUCAUUGAAAAUAAGAAUUUGUUCUUAACUGACUUGCCUAGUUAAAUAAAGGUUAAAAAAACAGACAUUAGAUGGACAUUCCUCAUUUGCUAGAUGUGCAAAUAAAGGUCCAGAUGCGCAAUUUGUUAGUUUUCUUCCAGACGUAAAGAAAAUGGUCUUCUGAUGUGAUUUAAUCAUUGACAUGGACUCAGAACAUCUAAUUUCCCUUUUUCUCUAUGAACAAUUGUCAUUUUGAGAGUGAAAAACUAGCACAAAUCCAAAAACAGGAAAAAUAAAACUGAGAAAACAUAAUUUGGGUAAAAUAUAUAUAAUUCACAGAUUUUAUAGCCCCCCUUUACAGAUGUUUAUUAACCAUUAUUUUACCAGGUAUAUUUACAGAAAACAUAGUGCACUACUUUUUCUUGUACAUUAAGGACCGGGGGAGGGGUUGAAGGGGAGAGGAAAAGAGGAGAAUUUGUAUAUUUGAAAGCUAUAAAUAAAAAUGGUACUUUGCAAAAACAAAAAAUCAAAUGUAGCUCUCAUGCUAGACAAGGUUGGAGACCCCUGCUUUAGAGCCACAGGGACAUGGCAGCCUGCCACCUCAACUCAAAAAACUCCACAAGGGUUUGGGGGAGGGGGCGCCAGGCCUUAGAAGAAAACCACUGCCUGAACAGAAGCUAGACAUGCUAGAGCCGACCCUAUUCUCUCAAUUUUAAAACAAACACUGAGAGAAUGUUGCUUUAAAAAUGAUAUUUUACUACUGCAAUAUAAUGGAACUAAUGCUCUUUCUCUGAGAUAUGGGUGCCUUGUGGCUGUCAAAUAGUAUAUGUACACUACCGGUCAAAAGUUUUAGAACACCCCCUCAUUCAAGGGUUUUUCUUUAUUUGUAAUAUUUUCAACGUCGUAGAAUAAUGGUGAAGACAUCAAAACGAUGAAAUAACACAUAUGGAAUCAUGUCGUCACCGAAACAGUUUUGCCAAAAAGUCAAAGUGUCUGAAUAUUUUACGAAUGCACUGUAUUUGAUAAGAUUCAACCAAAUUUGCUCCAGCAAUUACCGCGAGCCCGUCCUCCCCAAUUAAGGUGCACCAGCCUCCUGUGCUACAAACAUACAGGUUCACUACUUCCACACUACCCACACAAUCACUUAUGCCUACAUGCAUUUAGGACAGAAAAUGUGGCUACCUAUGCACUGCCACAAUCAUAUGCAAAGGUAACUGAACUAAAUGGCUAUCCCCUGUGGCACUCACUUCUGUCAUCAUGAAGGGCUUUGAGAGACUUGUCAAGGAUCAUAUCACCUUCACCUUACCUGUCACCCUAGACCCACUUAAACUUGCUUACCGCCCCAAUAGGUCCACAGACGAUUGAAUCGCCAACACACUGCAAACUGCCCUAUCCCAUCUGGACAAGACGAACACCUAUGUAAGAAUGCUGUUCUUUGACUAUAGCUCAGCAUUCAACACCAUAGCACCCUAAAAGCUCAUCAUCAAUAUGAGGUCCUGGGUCUCAACCCCGCCCUCUGCAACUUGGUCCUGGACUUCCUGAUGGGUCGCCCCCAGGUGGGGAAGGUAGGAAACAACAUCUCCACUUUGCUGAUACUCAACACUGGGGGCCCACAAGGGUGCGUGCUCAGCCCCCUCCUGUACUCCCCGUUCACACAUGACUGCGUGGCCAUGCACACCUCCAACUCAGUCAUCAAGUUUGCAGACGACACAACAGUAGUGGGCUUGAUUACCAACAACGACGAGACAGCCUAUAGGGAGGAGGUGAGGGCUCUCCUAGUGUGGUGUCAGGAAAAUAACCUCUCACUCAACAUCAACAAAACAAAAGAGAUGAUCAUGGACUUCAGGAAACAGCAGAGGGAGCACUCCCCUAUCCACAUCAAAGGGACAGCAGUGGAGAGGUGGAAAGUUUAAAAGUUCCUCGGCAUCCACAUCAAGGACAAAAUGGAAUGGUCCACCCACACAGACAGUGUGGUGAAGAAGGCGCAACAGUGCCUCUUCAACCUCAGGAGGCUGAAUAAAUUUGGCUUGUCACCUAAAACCCUCACAAACUUUUACAGAUGCACAAUUGAGAGCAUCCUGUCGGGUUGUAUCACAGCCUGGUAUGGCAACUGCACCGCCCACAACCGCAGGGCUCUCCAGAGGGUGGUGCGAUCUGCACAACGCAUCAACGGGGGCAAACUACCUGCCCUCCAGGACACCUACAGCACCUGAUGUCACAGGUAGGCCUUAAAGACCAUCAAGGACAACAACCACCCGAGCCACUGCCUGUUCACCCUGCUACCAUCCAGAAGGCGAGGUCAGUACAGGUGCAUUAAAGCUGGGACCGAGAGACUGAAAAACAGCUUCAAGCUCAAGGCCAUCAGGCUGUUAAACAGCCAUCACUAGCACAGAGUGGCUGCUGGCUACAUACAGGCUUGACAUAAUUUGCCACUUUAACAAACGGAACACUAGACACUUUAAUAAUGUUUACAUAUCUUGCAUUACUCAUCUCAUAUGUAUAUACUGUAUUCUAUACCAUCUAUUGCAUCUUAGCCUAUGCCGCUCUGUUAUUGCUCAUCCAUAUAUUUAUAUUUAUAUAUUCUUAUUCCAUUCCUUUACUUAGAUUUGUGUGUAUUAGGCAUUUAUUGUGGAGUUUCGCUACACUCGCAAUAACAUCUGCUAACCACGUGUAUGUGACCAAUAACAUUUGACUUGAUAUGAUUUGAUAUGGAUGCAUAUAGACACAAAAUCACAUACAAACCCUCCCUUCUACUCAUCGUUCCUUCAACACAUGUAAAUCCCUUUAUACCCUACCAUACAAUAAAAAGGAUUCAUGUGGUUAAUGGUUGGAAGUGGAUUACCCAUACUACCAUCUUCAGAAGUACAGACCUAAUGCUACUCUGACAGCCUGUCAAAUGGCAAACAGGCCACAGGGAACUAGAGUCUGUCUGAAGCCUAGCAUCUCCUUCAACAACAUCUCCCUCUCUACAAUCACACAUUGGUCCUGAGGGACAGAUCCCCUUGCCCAGGAGCCAUUAAGCCAUACCGUGAACAAGGCUGGCCGAAAUAUGAGUACCAUUGUUGAGAGCUGGGCUCUGUCUAGUUUCACAUUUCUCAAGAAAGGUCCUGUCGUCACUGCCUCUCCCCGACUAUGGCAUAGAGGGAGGGUUAUGGAGGGGUAUGGAGGGGACUCUGGGUAGGAUAGGGCCAAUAGGAUCAUCUCAUUGUUCAUUUGAUAACCUUGAACAGUUGUGUUUAAUUGGAUAAGCUAGUAGAACAUUUAUAAUCUAGCUAAACGGCCCGGCUGUUCAGUUUAACCAUCAUUUGUUGAUUUGAGCGCUAAGCUGUUAAUUGAGAAAGCUGGAAAAGAAGGACAGUGUUCAGUUAUCUAAUCUGUUUUGAUCUGAUAACACCACCAAACGCUUUACUGAGGACACUGAACUAACACAGGGCGACCAGUCAGAUAAUGAGGACCAGAGCACUUGAUUUGUCCCAUUUGAUCCAGGCUCAGCAGCCCCAGUACUGUCUGUCCCCCAUAAGCCAUCUAUUAAUCAAGGAGAGACACGCAGCUGUUUGACACCCCCCAUUCUUCCCUCUCAGGGCCUCCCAACCCAAUAGAGCAGAUAAAAGGAUCCCCCCCCUACAGAACAGGUGUCCACUGGGGUGAUGUCACUCCCACAGACCAGACCCACCAAGACUGACUGACAACCUGGUCAUGUCAGCAGCAGCAGCAGGGACCAGCAUCAAUGGUCAGGACCUACUAGAUGCUUGGUUUCAUUAUCCAUGUCUUUUCUGAGGUCUCAAGAUUUCAGUUAAUGUUAAACCAGUCUACAUUCAACCAGUCUACAUUCAACCAGUCUUGUAUUUUUGUGUUUCCAAUUGCCAGCUGGCACCAUACAUUCCAAAGGCAUUGCUUCUUACACAGCUGUAGACUAGUACUCUACUGCCCUCCACUGGUCUGAAACUUCGAUGGAGGGAGACAAGAUUUACACUUGGAACUGGCACAUUUAAUUCGAACAAUGUGAAGCGAAUGGUGUGCUUAACUAAUAACACAUACAUAUGGCCUGAAAUUGUUAUUUUAUCAUCCAUCACAUAAAUACUGAAUUUCAAGCCCUCAAGGAAAAGGGUAUGCAAUCAUGGUCUGUAAUUACAGUAUGCUGGAGCUGGAACUCAGGCCCGCAGAUAGUUCUGCCUCUAUGACAUCCCCUACUGAUUCUACAUACCCAUCCAUCCGAGACAGUGUUCUAAACUUCUGAGAGGCCUUACUGAUAAUUAACAUGCUUCAACCUCAACAACAUCACUGUUGUGGAGAGGUCAGAACAGAGGUGGUUCAAUGAGCCAUGCUUACUUGAUGACUGAUGAUAAUCCCGUGUGGCUCAGUUGGUAGAGCAUGGCACUUGUGACGCCAUGGUUGUGAGUUUGAUUCCCACGGUGGACCAGUAUGGAGAAGAAAAAAAUAAAGUAUAAACUGUAUUUACAUUUUAGCAGAAUCUCUUGUCCAGAGCAACUUACAGUAGUGAGUGCAUAUACUGGUCCAGCAUUGGGAAUCGAACCCAUAACCCUGGCGUUAAGCACCAUGCUCUACCAACUGAGCCACACUGUAUGAACUCAUUACUGUAAGUCGCUAUAGGUAAGAACAUCUGCUAAUUGACUAAAAUGUAAAAAUGUCAUGAUUAACCUUGCCUGAAGACUUGCUAGCUCCUUGUGCUAUGGCCUGUAGCUCAGUGAGCUAAUAAAACCUGUUUUCUCCCUGUGCUGCUGAUUCAGGCAUAAGGGCAUAGUGCAUAGUGCCCUUAUGCUUGAGGUGAUUUGGGAAUCUUGAUAAAGUGGAUUUACGAUCAAAGGUGUGUCGCAUGGCCAGUUAAUGACGUUGUUUGAGUGAAUGAGGUUUCACUAAACAUUGCAUAAUCAGUGGAGUUGAUAGAUAGGCACCUUGAGGCUGCCUCAUGGACAACUUGUCCCACUAUUAUGUUUGGGUCAAGAGGUUGCCUCAGUCAGAUCAUAUUUAAGAGCAAUUUCUAUGAAUGAAACUAGGAAAUAUCAUGUUAAAAAUAAAAUUACUAUUCCAUGAGACAAAGUUAAACAUCUAUUUCAAAUGGAUGAGCCAAUAAUGAGGCAGAUAACAGAAUGAGUACAUUAACAUAUAAGCUAGGCCUACGUCAAAAAAUAAGAGGACAGUCCGAUUGUAAAGGUCUGUUUAGGCCUACACUGGGAACUCCUGAUCCACCCUGUGUCUUCUACAGGGCUGAUGAAAGAGACGCGGCCUGAAGUGCCCUAAUACUCUUACCAACUUGGCUUGAACUUUGCACGUUAGAUUUUCGUGUCACCGGGGUCAGACCAGCCAGCAACAUGCAAACUUUAAAACUCCCUCACAGAUUGCAGAAGUGCAACACUGACAGGGUUGGAGGUACCAGUCGACAGGUAAACAAGGCAACAGAACAUCCAACAUGGUGGGAAGGAGACGCGGCUCCAGAGCCACCAGGGGGUCACAGAAGCCCCAACAGCAAAGCACGGGGGGACCCCGCAAGAGGCUGAGAGAGCCAGCAUUAUUUGCCAAGGAAGCAGGGUAUGAGUCGGAGGUCCCUCAUGAAAAGCUGACCAUCGCCCAAGCCAAGAGAGGUACACCAGCAAUCCGGCCGGUCCGAGUCUAUGCUGAUGGGAUCUUUGACCUCUUCCACUCUGGACAUGCUCGCGCUCUGAUGCAAGCCAAGAACCUGUUCCCCAACACACAUCUCAUAGUGGGAGUCUGCAGUGAUGAACUCACACACCGGUAUAAGGGCUACACGGUGAUGACAGAGUCUGAGCGCUACGAAGCCCUGAUACACUGUCGCUAUGUGGAUGAGGUGGUACGGAACGCUCCCUGGACCCUCAGCCCUGACUUCCUGAAGAAACAUAAGAUUGACUUUGUAGCGCAUGAUGAUAUCCCAUACACCUCUGCUGGAUCAAAUGAUGUCUACAAACACAUCAAGGAAGCAGGGAUGUUUGUGGCCACACAGAGGACAGACGGCAUCUCUACAUCUGACCUCAUCACCAGGAUAGUGAGAGACUACGACCUCUAUGUCCGACGCAACCUGCAGAGAGGCUACACAGCCAGUGACCUCAACGUUAGCUUCAUCAGGGAGAAGAAAAUCCGUCUUCAAAACCAGGUGGAUCGUAUGAAGGAGACGGUAAAGACAGUAGAGGAGAAGUCCAAGCACUUUGUGCACUCGGUGGAAGAGAAGAGCCAAGACCUCAUCCACAAGUGGGAGGAGAAGUCCUGGGAGUUCAUUAGUAAUUUCCUGGAGUCGUUUGGUCCAGGUGGAGCGUGGCAUGUGAUCCAGGAGAAGAGUGGGCGCAUGCUCCAGGCUCUGUCACCCUACGCAUCGCCCGUUGCCUCGCCCCGUGGCUCCCCCAGCAGCAGCCCCACCAGAGGGCGUUCCCCAUCGCCUCCCUCCUCUCAAUCCCCUCGUUCUCCUCGUUCCUCUGCCACCUACCACAAGGGUGCCUCUGCCCAUCCCUCAACUUCCCUCAGCAGCAUGAGUGAGGGGGAUGACGACGAGAAAUAGAGACACCACUUUCCCGCAAACACUCAGUGUACAGGUAACUUCCGAAAUAAAGGAAACACUUGAAGAAACACUUGACUAAAUGAGAGAUACAAGACAAGGGAAGCUUGGUCUUUACAUCCUCAAAGACAUGCUCCUGUCAGCUGUAACUAUUUUCAAUGUGUCAAUAAUCAUGUGUAUUUCAAACAUAGACAAAGAUAGAUUCAGAUUUUUGACAUUGUAGGUGUAACUGCCAAAAUAAAGGAAACAUUUGAGGAAACAUUCAAUUGAACACUUAUGGGAGAUUCUGGAGCGGCGCCUGAAACAGCGUUUUCCACCACCAUCAACAAAACACCAAAUGAUGGAAUUUCUCAUGGAGGAAUGGUGUCACAUCCCUCCAAUAGAGUUCCAGACACUUGUAGAAUCUAUGCCAAGGUGCAUUGAAGCUGUUCUGGUGGCUCGUGGUGGCCCAACGCCAGAGUAAGAGACUAUGUUGGUGUUUCCUUUAUUUUGUCAGUUACCUGUACAUGGUUACUUUGUGCACUGUGUGUGUGUAAAAUGUCGCCCACGGUCUACCAUAUUUUUGUUAUUUUAUUGUGUAGGUCGUAAGGUAACUGAAUGCACUGUUGAAACUCCAUUCUCACUUCUGAUUCCUGAACCACACAAAUACAUAGAACUAAUACCACUAUUUCACUGUCUAAACCUGGCUUUAUUUUAGCAACAUGCUUAAAUGUGUGUUCAGUUGUCUAUGAUAGAGUGCAUUCGGAAAGUGUUCAAACCCCUUGACUUUUACCACAUUUGGUUACGUUACAGCCAUAUUCUAAAAUGGCUUGAAUCCAGUUUUUUGUUGUUGACGUUUUUGCAAAAGUAUAAACAAUUUAAAACUGAAAUAUUACAUUUACAUAAGUAUUCAGAUACUUUACUCAGUAAUUUGUUGAAGCACCUUUGGCAGCGAUCACAGCAGUCUUCUUGGGUAUGACGCUACAAGCUUGGCACACCUAUAUUUGGGGAGUUUCUCCCAUUCUUUCUGCAGAUCCUCUCAAGCUGUCAAGUUGGAUGGGGAGUGUUGCUGCACAGCUAUUUUCAGGUCUCUGCAGAGAUGUUCGUUCAGGUUCAAGUUCGGGCUCUGGCUGGGCCACUCAAGGACAUUCAGAGACUUGUCCCGAAGCCACUCCUACGUUGUCUUGACUGUGUGCUUGGGGUCGUUGUCCUGUUGGAAGGUGAACCUUUGCCCCAGUCUAAGGUCAUGAGCGCUCUGGAGCAGGUUUUCAUCAACGAUCUCUCUGUACUUUGAUCCGUUCAUCUUUCCCUCGAUCCUGACUAGUCUUCUAGUCCCUGCUGCUGAAAAACAUCCCCACAGCAUGAGGCUGCCACCACCAUGCUUCACUGUACGAAUGGUGCCUGGUUUCCUCCAGAUGUGACGCUUGGCAUUCAGGCCAAAGAGUUCAAUCUUGGUUUCAUCAGACCAGAGAAUCUUGUUUCUCAUGGUCUGAGAGUCCUUUGGGUGCCUUUUGGCAAACUCCAAGCGGGCUGUCAUGUGCCUUUUACUGAGGAGUGGCUUCCGUCUGGCCACUCUACCAUAAAGGCCUGAUUGUUGAAGUGCUGCAGAUAUGGUUGUCCCUCUGGAAGUUUCUCCUAUCUCCAUAGAGGAACUAUGUGAGCUCUGUCAGAGUGACUAUCGGGUCAAAUCCCUGACCGAAGCCCUUCUCCCCUGAUAGCUCAGUUUGGCCAGGCGGCCAGCUCUAGGAAGAGUCUGGGUGUUUCCAAUCUUCUUCCAUUUAAAAACUUCUUAGGGCUGCAAUCCCGUUAACGGAAUCGAUAUGAUAACAGCCAGUGAAAGUGCAGGGCGCCAAAUUCAAAACAACAGAAAUCUCAUAAUUAAAAUUCCUCAAACAUACAUGUAUUUUAUACCGUUUUAAAUGUAAUCUUGUUGUUAAUCCCACCACAGUGUCCGAUUUCAAAUAGGCUUUACAGCGAAAGCACCACAAACGAUUAUGUUAGGUCACCACCAACUCACAGAAAAAUUCAGCCAUUUUUCCAGCCAAAGAGGAGUCACAAAAAGCACAAAUAGAUAUAAAAUUAAUCACUAACCUUUGAUGAUCUUCAUCAGAUGACACUCAUAGGACUUCAUGUUACACAAUACAUGUAUGUUUUCUUUGAUAAAGUUCAUAUUUAUAUAAAACAAUCUCAGUAUACAUUGGCGUGUUACAUUCACUAGUUCCAAAAACAUCCGGUGAUAUUGCAGAGAGCCACAUCAUUUUACAGAAAUACUCAUUAUAAAUGUCGAUAAAUACAAUUGUUAGACAUGGAAAUAUAUCUCUCCUUAACGCAACCGCUGCGUCAGAUUUCAAAAAAACUUUACGGAAAAAGCAAACCAUGCAAUAAUCUGAGACGGCGCUCAGAAAAAAAAGAAAAUUAUCCGCCAUGUUGGAGUCAACAGAAAUCAGAAAUAACAUUAUAAAUAAUCCCUUACCUUUGAUGAUCUUCAUCAGAAUGCACUCCCAGGAAUCCUAGUUCUACAAUAAAUGCUUGAUUUGUUCGAUAAUGUCCGUUAUUUAUGUCCAAGUAGCUACUUUUGUUAGCGCUUUUAGUACACAAAUCCAAACGCUCGUGCAGGUCCAGCCGGACGUGGGACGGAAACUUCAAAAAGUUAUAUUACAGGUCGAAGAAACUUGUCAAACUAAGUAUAGAAUCAAUCUUUAGGAUGUUGUUAUCAUAAAUCUUCAAUAACGUUUCAGCCGGAGAAUUCCUAUGUCUGUAGAGAAGCAAUGUAACGCAGGUCACUAUCAUGUGAAAUGCGUGUGACCAGGACCUGGCUCUCUGCCAGACCACUGACUCAAAGAGCUCCCAUCCGGCUCCACAACACAGUAGAAGCGUCAUUCAAGUUUCUAAAGACGGUUGACAUCUAUUGGAAGCCUUAGGAAGUGCAACAUAGCCAAUAUCCCACUGUGUAUUCAAUAGGGGCUGGGUUGAAAAUCGACCAACCUCAGAUUUCCCACUUCCUGUUUGGAUUUCUUCUCGGGUUUUUGCCUGCCAUAUGAGUUCUGUUAUACUCACAGACAUCAUUCAAACAGUUUUAGAAACUUCAGAGUGUUUCCCAUCCAAUACUAAUAAUAAUAUGCAUAUAUUAGCAACUGGGACUGAGGAGCAGGCCGUUUACUCUGGGCACCUUUCAUCCAAGCUACACAAUACUGCCCAAAUGAUGGAGGCCACUGUGUUCUUAGGGACAUUCAGUGCUGCAGAAAUGUUUUGGUACCAUUCCCCAGAUCUGUGCCUCGACACAAUCCUGUCUCGGAGCUCUACGAACAAUUCCUUUGACCUCAUGGCUUGGUUUUUACUCUGACAUGCACUGUCAACUGUGGGACCUUAAAUCGGCAGGUGUGUGCCUUUCCAAAUCAGGUUCAAUCAAUUGAAUUUACCACAGGUGGACUCUAAUCAAGUUGUAGAAACAUCUCAAGGAUGAUCAAUGAAAACAGGAUGCACUUGAGCUCAAUUUCGAGUCUCAUAGCAAAGGGUCUGAAUAAGGUAUUUUUGUUUUCAUAUUUGAUAAAUUUGCAAACAUUUCUGAAAACCUGUUUUCGCUUUGUCAUUAUGGGGUAUUGUGUGUAGAUUGAUGAGGAAAAAAACGUAUUUAGUCAAUUUUAGAAUAAAGUUGUGGAAUAAUUAAAGGUGUCUGAAUACUUUCCGAAUGCACUGUAUACAGUAAAAAAAACUAUUUUAUGACAUAAGUAGUUUCUAUUAAAUAUUAAAUACAAAACAAUCCUUUCUGAGAGUAUUUGACCUACUCACAUUUCCUAAAUCAAUUUAAUUUGAGGCCUUUGGUACAAAUGUUUUUAAAGCAAUCGAAAGUAUGAUAUGUCUCAAAGUAUUCUGAUACUGCCCUAUUAAUUUCUUAAGCAUCCAAUGUGAUUAUAAUCUCUUAUAAACUUACAGUACCAUA